CAAUUAUUCAUCGUUUUAAUUACUGCGUUUUAGUUACUAUUCGUUUAUAUAUCUUAAAAUCGUAUCCAUAAAGUGUUGCUAAAUGUCCUGCUGUCGAAAUUGAACACCAUUAGUUGGAAAGACUUCACUCAUCACCAGAUUCAUGUACGACAGCUUUGAUAAUACCUACCAGGCCACGAUAGGAAUCGAUUUCUUGUCAAAAACGAUGUACCUCGAGGACCGAACAAUCAGGUUGCAGCUGUGGGACACGGCGGGCCAGGAGCGAUUCCGUAGCCUCAUUCCCAGCUACAUCCGUGACUCGGCCGCUGCCGUUGUAGUGUACGACAUCACAAACGUCAACUCCUUCCAGCAGACCACCAAAUGGAUCGACGAUGUCAGGACAGAGAGAGGAAGCGACGUCAUUAUCAUGCUGGUCGGGAACAAAACAGAUCUCGCAGACAAAAGGCAAGUAUCUAUCGAAGAGGGUGAGAGGAAAGCCAAAGAGCUGAACGUGAUGUUUAUUGAGACGAGCGCCAAAGCCGGCUACAACGUGAAGCAGCUUUUCCGGCGUGUGGCUGCCGCCCUGCCUGGCAUGGAGAGCACACAGGACAAGAGCAGAGAAGACAUGAUCGACGUGACGCUGCAGAAUCCUCCGGAACAGCCUGUGAGCGAAAGCGGAUGCUCCUGCUAAGACUUGUUCUCCAUCAUCACCCCCCCCCCCCCCACUCUCACACACACUUAUACCCGUUAUCUCUCUUUACCCCCUGCCUCUAUCGUGUGUUGUUGCCUGCCUCCAUCCUGGAACCUGAAGAACACUACUUCGUCCGUCCGUCCAUCCGUCCGUCCGUCCGUCGUUCCCGGCGCUCUGCUUUCCCCUGACUCGGUCAUGACCUUAAGCUUCCCAAGCACAACGUGGACGUGAAACGCGUCCCAUGUUAUUAUUUUUCCGUUAAAUGCUUCCACCCUUUUUUUUUUUUUCCUUUUUUUUUUUAUUAUUAAUUAUUAUAUUUAUACCUGGAAUGGCUUACUGCUUAUGAUGCUCUAUGGAGGCUCGCAUCUCGAGCGCAUUUAAACAGUCUAGGUAACGUGUCGAACGCGUGAGCACUGAACAACCGCGUUUCCUUCCGAAACGAUUCCGAUAAAAUACGUAGAUGAAAACUUCUCCGCCGUUAUCGUUUGAGGUCAAUCGAAGGGCUGUAUUCAGUUUGCAGGCUAGCACCAGUGCUCAAUCUACUAUAAUCUACACCACGAGCUCUUGCGAUGAAGCACGGCGCGGAUAAAAACGUUUACGAAUUGUCGGCAGUUACCCAAGUCUAUAUACUGAAAGUAGAUCGACGUCUGUACGGAUUGUGAGUAAAGUCUACAGAUUACAGAAGCUCUUGAAAACCUAGAACAGUUCUCAGCUUCUACGUCAAACCGUAACUGUUUGUUUGUUUGUUAGUUUGUUUUUUGUAACCUUGGCUGACAUUUUUAUCUCUCUUUUUUUUUUUUCCCGGUAGCACAGUAGAGAUAUCAGUGCAGUAGCUAUGAAAGAUUUUUUUUUUGUAUAUUAAGGAAAGUAUCAUAGAGGAUAUCGGAUAUAUGAAUAUGCAGGCAUGCCUUUAAAGAGUGUAUUUUAUAGUGCUUCCGCUGGCUUUUCGUUAGUGUUGUUGUUAUAAUUUUUUUUUGUUUGCUUGAUUUAUUGUAAUAAUGACACUUUUAGGUUUUUCCCCCCUUUCAAUUUUUUUUUUUUUAAUUUUUUUUUUUUAUUUCUACUCAAAUCAUUUUUGCUUUUUAAUUUUUGGUAUGAUAAAGCACACGCCCCUCUCGUGGACGGCUGAUUUUAAGCAGCUCAUGAUACAGUGCAAUUUGUUUGAGGUUUUCUCUCUUAUUAUAAUUUUUUUUUUUUUUUCCUUGUUGAAAAAUUCACACUUGUCUAUUUUUUUUUCUCUUUUCUUUAACGGUUUUAACCGUCUCCGCUGUGUGUGCUGCUGUGUACAAAAGCUCAUAAUUUGCACUGCUAAAUUACAUGAGUCUCUUAUUGACGUCCCUAAUAAAGACCUUUAUUUAGUAACAGUGACAUCUUUUUUAUUUAUUUAAUUUUUUCUUUCUUUCUCGAUAAUGCAUGUCAUGAAUUUCCAAACUGCAAAGCUGUUCAUCAUUUCAUGAAACCUUGGAAUAGUCUCUGUAUCUCCAUCAUCUACGCCUCGGAAUUACUCACCAGUCCUACUACAUCUCCUAGCAUUAAAUAGUCUCUUACUCAGAGCACAUUUAGACCAUGAUUCAUUCGUACUUCGCCCACGAGCUUCUCUCACUUGCAACAGUCAAAGAAGUUCUAAAUAACAUUGAGAAGAAGAUGGACAUAAUUGUCACGUAUACAGUUCAAGUACAGCACAGAGGACUAGGGUCGGAAACUCGGAAAGGAGGCCUUACUCGAAAGUUCCCACCAUCGACGGUACCCAUGAGCACUUUGUGUAUCUGGGUAGAAGUGUCCGUUCCUCGGAAGCACGUACCAGUGGAAACACACCGUCACAGAGGAGCUGGGUGUUAAUAAUGAAUGAAUAAUAAUGAAUAAGCUCCUUAUGCAAUGCCCAUGGACGUUAAUACUUAAUGCGGUCUGCUUUAGUGCUCAAAGCUCAGCUGAUUACUCACAAUCCUGCAAUGUGGAAACACGUUUUUUUAAAAAAAAAGAUCUGAUCAUAGUGGUGUCAUAGCACGCUUAGCAGGUCUGUCGGAGUUGUAUUUAUUGGAAUACUAAUCGGGUUCAUGUAAUAUGUAUGCCUUGGAGGGGUGGUGAGUCGUAAAUAUUUGAUUUCUAGUUUCUUCUUGUAUUUUUAGAAGAAACAUGUUUCCAAAAGCCUCGCUGCUUCGCUUAGGAAAAGGACAGGGACGGUGUAUUAGUGACGGAAAACUCCUGUUUCUUUAAGCGAGUCAGCUCAUAUGGCUCAGCGCGCCAGUAAGAGACGACUCCUUAGCCUGCUUAUAGCCAUUUUCUUUUCUUAACCCGACAGAGCUUGAAAUAUUUCAACCAGUUCUUUAUUUUUUUUUUUGCAGAACUAAGGCUGAAAUCUUAUCAAUUUCAUUCAAGUAUUUUGAUUAAAUUACACUACAAGAGUAAAAACAGCUCUACUGGUCACCUAAAAAAAAAAGGAGUCGGUUCAAAGAGCCGACUCAUUUACAUCACUACAGUAUUCUGCCUAAACUUCGGAACUAGUAAAUUAACUGAUAAAUGUGACGAUAUAAUACCUCCUAAAUAGCUGAAAGGACGUCCCUGCUGGGGGAAAAAAAAAAAAAAGCCAAACAAUAGAACCCAAUCACAGAAAUUCUAAUGGUUUCCACUACAAAGACCAUUACAAACCAUCAGUUAAGCGUUAAAACCAUUACCAAAUCACAAAGGUGUUCUAUUGGUCCACUAAACAUAACGUCCGUAAAACCAAUGCUAUAACCAUUAAAACCAUUACGAAUUCUAUGAGGGUUUUUAUUGUUUUUGGGUUUUUUUCCCCCAUCAGGGCUGUGUGGAAACCUAAACACCAAUGGUAAUUGGUAAUUACACAAAUGGUAAUUAGUAUUUGAAUCUAAAUUCAUAUUUGGAUAUUAAAUAAGCCACUGAAAUCUGAACGCAGCGUUUGAAGGUACUGAACAGCCCCGGUAUACAGUAUUCACAGGGUAUUGAGAGUAAUAUGUCAUAUACAAGCUUCGACCCAGGUUAUUGAAGAUAAGCAGAAAAACUCGGGUAACAAGUCAGUUUAUUUGCAUUGCUGCAGUGUGUCUACCCUCUAGUGGUGAAUUCUGGGUAAUUGAUAAUUGGUCAUGUUUACAUUUAAACAUUUUUUCAUUUACAUUUUUGUGGGGGAGAAAAUUCAAAUCUAAAUGCAUUUUGACAUUACUGUCAAAAGCAACCGAUCCCUGCUGGAUAAAAAAAAACAACAAAAAAAACAAUAGAAACCAUCACAGAAAUUUGAAUGGGUUCCUGUACAAAUACCAUUACAAACCAUCAGCUGUUAACCAUUAAAACCAAAUGGUUUCCAUUAUGUAGUAGGACGUAUUAAGGACGUAGGUCCUUAAUAGUAUCCACUAGACAUAACAUGCCACUGAUAGAAAGCAACAAAUGACCAGUAUUGACCAUUCAAUAGAGUUUCCAUUAAAACCAAUACAAUUCCCAUUACAAAUUCUAUGAGGGUUUCUGUUGUUUGUUUGUUUGUUUGUUUGUUUGUUUUUUCCAGCAGGGAUGCACUGUCCAAAUGUAUAUUCGUUGAAAAAAAUACACCAUACGACAUAA